AUGAAAGCACAAUGGAGAGCCAUGUCACUAAAAGAAAUGGAUAACAUUUGUGCAAUUGAUCUAAAAAUAGAUUUGGAAGACGAAAAAGAUGUGUCUUGGGGAGGCAAACGAACUAGGUACAUUUACAACUAUACUUUUGAGUCUUCUGACUCAAAGACUGAUGAUUCAGAUGCCACCGAGAGUGUACAUAUGGAAGCAGCUAGUGAAGCAGAUCUUUCAUCAGACAGAAGUUUUGGAAGCAACUGUGACAGUAAUGGCCAAACAAAUCAUACCGAAUUCGAUGUGGUCAGCACAUCAUCGUCUUGCCAUGAUAUUCAAUCUAGUUCUUCAGAUUCCUCAACAUUAAUAGAUUUUAAGGCUACAUUAGAACGUAUUAUUCAAGAACUGACACCAUUCUUGAAGAUAAAUCGUAGAAGUGAUGGAAUAUCAGUAGAAUCCAAAAUUAGUUCUGCUGUUCGAUUUCUUGCUCAAGGUGCUUACCAAAGAGGCGUGGGUAAAGAAACUAACAUUGGCUUAUCCCAACCUUCAGUGAGUAGAGUUUUGAAUGAAGUUAUUGAUUGUAUUAAUUUGCAUCUACUUCAGAAGUAUAUUAAAUUUCCAACAUCUCCUGCGGAAAAACAAAAAAUCAAGGACUGGUUUCGUACACGAUUCCAUAUUCCUGGAGUAAUUGGAGUAAUCGAUGGCUCACACAUUGGUAUAUUCCCUCCUUCAACCAAUCAUAAUCAGUACCCUGAAUUUGUAUAUGUAAAUCGGAAAGGGUUUCAUUCCAUCAAUACCCAGUUGAUAGUUGAUCAUACCUACCGUAUACUGAAUGUAAAUGCUAAGUUCCCUGGAUCCACACACGAUUCUCACAUUUGGAAAAUGUCGUUAAUUAGAAACCAUUUAAGUAACACAUACAGGCGUGAUCAUGAAUGGCUUUUAGGUGAUAGUGGUUAUCCAUUAGAGCCUUGGUUACUUACACCUUUCAGUAAUCCAGGAGAUGGAAGCCCAGAAAGUAGGUUUAAUGUUAAAUUCACUUCAGCUAGAUCAGUUGUGGAACGAGCUAUUGGUAUGUUGAAAGGUCGCUGGAGAUGCCUUUGCAAACAAAGAAUGUUGCAUUAUAAACCAACAAUUGCAAGUAAAAUUAUAAAUGCCUGUGCAGUUCUCCACAAUAUUUGUAUAGAAAAUUUUGAUGCCGCUUAUGAAGAUGAAGAAUAUGAUGAACUUUAUAACGCCAAUGACUUAAUACAUUUUCCAGCAGGAAAUGCUCUUCACACAGAGG